CCCAUUAAAAUGUUGAAAUUCGCGGUACUCCUCUCCGUUCUGGCCUGCGCCUUGGCAGGCACCAUUCCCGAUGGCCUCCUUCCCCAGCUGGAUGGUCGCAUCGUCGGCGGCUAUGAGACCAGCAUCGAGGCCCAUCCCUACCAGGUGUCCCUGCAGCGCUACGGCUCCCACUUCUGCGGUGGUUCCAUCUACUCCCACGACAUCAUCAUCACCGCUGCCCACUGUCUGCAGUCGGUCGAUGCCAAGGAUCUGAAGGUUCGCGUGGGCAGCACCUACUGGCGCUCCGGCGGCAGUGUGCACUCCGUCCGCGCCUUCCGCAACCACGAGGGCUACAACUCCCGCACCAUGGUCAACGACAUUGCCAUCAUCCGCAUCGAGUCCGACCUGAGCUUCCGCUCCAGCAUUCGCGAGAUCCGCAUCGCUGACUCCAACCCUCGUGAGGGCGCCACUGCUGUCGUUUCCGGAUGGGGCACCACCGAGUCCGGCGGCUCCACCAUUCCCGACCAUCUGCUGGCCGUCGACCUGGAGAUCGUCGAUGUGUCGCGCUGCCGCUCCAGCGAGUUCGGCUACGGCAGGAAGAUCAAGGACACCAUGAUCUGCGCCUACGCCGCCCACAAGGAUGCCUGCCAGGGUGACUCCGGUGGCCCACUGGUGUCCGGCGACCGUCUCGUGGGUGUCGUCUCCUGGGGCUACGGAUGCGGUGAUGUCAGGUACCCCGGUGUCUACGCCGAUGUUGCCCACUUCCACGAGUGGAUCGAGAGGACCGCCGAUGAGGUGUAAAUUCAGACAAACACUUGAAAUAAAUCGCAAUUGAAUCAGC